UUCCGUUCUGUCAAGUGUCAAUAGUGUCAACGCAAGAGUUACAAAAAGUAAACAAACAAAAAUUGUGCUAAAUAUUAUAAAAAUUAAAUGAAUUUUAAUCCCAAAAUAGAUCAUAACAUGGGUUAUUGUGAAGCUAAGACGUGAACUGUUAUUAAAUAACUUCCUAGACUAAUUUUGAGGAAGAUGCCAGAACUGACGGUGACAUCUGAGAUAUAUGAGGAGUAUGAUUAUAAAACUAAAUUAUCACCCAGCACCGAAGGAAAUGUGAUAUCAGAGUUUCCAUUCCUGUUGCCUAAAGCUGGAAGCAGUGCCACUUAUGAUGACGAUGAUGACCUGGACAUCGAGAGGCCACAGAAAGAAGUUAUUAAAAUUGAACACAGUUCCAAAACCAAAAUCGCGCUAGUAGGCCUACAAGUAUGGCGGGGCGCGUUCCUCCUCGGUGAUUGGUUGAUACACCUCGGCUUGAAAGGGGAACUGACCAAUCGGAGCGUUUUGGAGCUUGGCGCGGGAACCGGGCUCACCAGUUUUGUUGCCGCUUUGUAUGCUAAGAAAGUUAUUUGCACAGAUAUCAACAUGGGCGGUAUACUAGACCUAAUUAAACUAAACGCCAAGUACAACAAGAAGUUGGUAAAGUCACAAUUUAAAGUAAUGCCGCUGGACUUCACCGACACCGCGUGGAGCCCCGCCUUGUUGACUGAAGUCAAACACGCGAGCAUCAUUAUUGCUGCUGAUGUAAUAUACGACGACGAUUUAACAGCGGCCUUCGUGUCGACCAUACAGAAGAUACUGAACACGGAGCCACCCAAAACGUUAUACAUGGUGUUAGAAAAGCGGUACGUGUUCACGAUAGAGCACCUCGACUCGGUGGCGCCCUGUUACGAGACAUUCCUCACUCUGCUAGACAAAGUCAAGACAGAGAACGCACAUUCCACGUGGGACAUACAACAACUACCUCUAGACUUCCCCAAGUAUUUCACCUACGACCGAGUCAAAGACCUCGUUCUAUGGAAAAUCUCAUCUACACCUAUCUAAUUGAACCUAAAAGACAAUAAAUAUUAUUUUGUAACCAAACAUAA